GUUUUGCCCACAUUCAUAUUGCAUUGAACCAUGGUGAUGAAACAAAGUCAAGAGAAUAAUAAUAGCCACAACACUAACACGAUGGCCCUCCAGAACAGCAAGAGCACAGAACACACUGUGUUUGUUCGCUUCGUUCCUACCUCUUCGAUUCUCCGGCGUCUUCACAUUGAAGAUUACUUUUCUCAAAUUGGUCCCAUCAAGAAGGCUUCCUUGAUCCACAAGAAGAAUGACGAGGAUAACCAAGGAUCCGGUGGAAGUAGCUACGGCUUCAUCAAGUACACGUGCGAGACCGAUGCAGAAGAAGCAGCAAAGAAACUGAAUCGCUCCACUUUGGAGUUACCCCAAGGAGACCAACAAGAUGGACAACCACACAAUUUUCAAGUCAUGGUAGAAUUGGCAUCGUCCGUUCAAAAUAAACAACAGCAACCAUCAAGCGAAUCCAUUAUCACAGAACAUCAAAAGAAACACAACCGUGUCAUUCUCCGCAAUCUCUCCUUCUAUGCGACCACCGAAAUUGUUCAAGACACUCUGACCAAAAAAUUUGGAGACUUGAUUGACGUGCACAUUCCCACAGUCAAGGGCAAAUCACGAGGAUUUUGUUUUUGUACCUUUCGCACCACAGUAGAUGCACAAAAAGCCAUUGACGCUAAAGAAAUUGAUAUCCGCAAUCGCAAAGCCACCAUUCAGUGGAGUGUCUGCAAACGGGUUCAUGACAAGCAGCAACAAGAUGACUUGAAACUAAAACGCAAACGCGACUAUCAAGAUAAAGUCAGGGCGGAACAGGGCACAAAUAAUGAAAGCAGCAGAGAGCAGGAAAAGAAAGAAGACGACAAGAAGAAAGAAGAUGAUGACAGUGACGAUGCCUCGUCGUCCUCAGAUGACGAUGAUGGCGACAGUAGUAGUAGUGGCAGCAGCAGUGAGUCGGAAGGAGGAGACUCGGAUAAGGAGUCUGAUGGCAGUGACUCGGAAGUCGACGACGAAGAUUCCGAGGAUGAAGAAGAUGACAAGCCUACGGAAAACUUGCAACAACCCGUCCAAGAACAACGACAAUUAUUUGUCCGCAAUCUACCCUUUGAUGCCACCCGGCACGAUGUCUUUGAGACCUUUCGAACCUACGGUACCAUUGAAGCCAUUUAUUUGGUGACGAACCCUGUGACCAAAUUGCCUCGGGGGACUGCCUUUGUCACGUACAAGAAACCUGCCGGGGCCGCCAGAGCAUUGCGCAAGAACAGCGCGAUUAUCCUCAAGGGACGACCACUAGUGCUCGAUUACGCCGUCGACAAGGAAACGGCAACGACAUUGGUACGCGACAGCAAUCAUUCCGAAACCAAAAAGCUAACGGGAAAGGACAAGCGCAAUUUCUAUCUCCGUGGAGAAGGACGUGUUGAUGACGAACAGGAAUGGGCUAACAUUUCGGAAGCCGAAAAGAACAAACGACAACGCGCUUGGCACGACAAGAUUACCAAACUCAAGUCGCCACUGUUCUUUGUGAAUGCGCAUCGAUUGUCGAUUCGAAACAUUGCCAAAGGUGUCGAUGAAGCCGACAUCAAAAAGCUACUCUUUCAGGCAACCCAAAGGGGGCUCCAACGCAAAUUGGUGUCCAUUGAUGACUUGGUCGCCGAGUGGAGUGCUUCAGGGGAGUACUCGGCCCGUGAAAUAUUGGAAAAACGCAAACAAUAUCAGCGCAAGGAUAAACAUCAGCAUUCGGGUAUUGAACCAUUGCCCGAUAAGGACAAUAGCCUCAAGCCAGAGUCGUUGGAUGAACGGAACAUCAAACGAACCAUUUCCUCAGUCUACUUGGAUCGUGACUUCGAAGCUGCGGGAGGUACCAAGAAUGUGAAAAUGGCACCUAGCAGAGGUUUUGCCUUUGCCGAAUUCACGUAUCAUGUGCAAGCUUUGGCGUGUUUGCGGGAGCUCAACAACAAUACCAUGUACACGGAGGAAUAUGCAGCGGGUGGCAAGGCCGCCAGCGCUGCCGUUGCGGCUCGAAAGAGGGGCGGCAAAAAGAAAAUGAAAGAUGGCGACGAGGAAGGUGCCAAGCUGCCUCGCAUCAUUGUGGAAUUUACGGUUGAGAAUCGGGCCAAAGCAAAACAACAGGCGGAACAUCGAGCGCAGCAACAGGCCAACCGACAAAGACAGAAACUGGAAACAAAGGAGAAGCGGGAGGGCAAUGGCAGCAGCGAGGGUGAGAAAACCAAGUCACAAUCUAAAAAGAGGGGAAGAGGAGCCAAACAGCGAGAAAAGAAGCGCCAAAGGGAACUCCAAGGCGACAAUGACAAGAAAGACGAGAAGGCAAAGAAGGAACCAAAAGCUGACAAAGCAGACAGGAAACGAAAGAAUGCGGAGAUGGAGCAGCAGGACCAGAAACCCAAGGGCGUCAAACCUCCCAAGAAGCAGAAGAAAGGAAAACGAAAGGAGGUAGAGGCAGAGGACAAGCUUUCAAAGCUCGUCCAGAACUACAAUACGGCAGUCAAUGACACGUCGCCCAAGGAGAAGAAGGCGGGAACCCCAAAUCCCAGCAAAAAGGAGGCCAUGGCGGAAGGCAAGAGGUGGUUUGAAUAGCCGUGUCGAUCCAAGGCACCUUCUCGUUCGGGGGGUUGCAUGGUAAACUAAGCUGGCUGGAUGGACUCAGUGUUAAUUAACUUUCUUUUCAGCGCUGAUCAUCACAUUAUUGCUGACUAUUGUUGAUCGGCUGCUUGCAAGGCGUUACUAACUACAUGCAAGAUCCCUCCCCGCAGAAGACACUUUGAGGACGCGACCUUGCCACUUGUCACUGUCCACCACGGCUACCUCCAGAAGACUAUGACUCAAGUAAGAGCGUCGGAUACGGCGCCUGAAGCACACUGCAUGGACUCCGACCUAACUACAAAACGCAAAGUCCGAUACAAGCCACAAGAAGCGAUAAUCCUAAACAACCACCCAUACAUUUGUUGAAUGCUACCAUCUAGUUGCUUA